AUGACCAUAGAAUCAUCAUCAGCUCCGUCACCAACCGAUAUUCAAUUUGCCGUGAUAGAGAUUGCCCAAGUGUCACUAGAUAUUAAGGGAACUUCAUUCUUUUCAAAUGGGAUUUAUUACAUGAAGCAAAAAUAUAGAAAGUCCGACAAGGUGUUGAUCUGUCUAAUCAUCACCUGUUUAUUAGUGAGCUGCAUAUUAUUCACUGCACCAAUUCCCUUACUUGCAAUAGGUAGUUCAUUCCUGCAACAAAGUGGAACACCCACUUCAGCUGCUGUUUCAGACGGAAAUGCUAUUAUUUACACUCGUUUUCCAUGUUACAUUGUUGGCACAAGAGAGUGCUCAUAUUCUCAAUCCUCUUCAUAUUCAGAUACGAACCGAGGCAUUGUCUUUCGAAUUUCUUUUCCCACGUUUUCCAAGGACGGUGGUUCCAAUGUGUCACAAACCAAUCCAAACAAACCUUACAAAACCCUGCUCUCAGAUACAUGUUAUCCAAAAUCACAACAAUAUCAUACACAAUCCGAAUAUGUGUGCUACACCAACAAGGACGAAACAAAAGUUUCUCUAACUGAACCUAAAACCAGUCAAAGUUCUUACAUGACCAAUGUUGGUUUUCAAUUACUCUUAUUUGGAAUUAUUGGAUUUAUUUCAAGUGUCUGUAUCGUCAUUUCACUGUGCUGCAUUUGUUGGAUUCUAAUUGAGCACAAACCUUGGAUUCAAGAUAAUUUAACAUUCUCAGAACAACUUCAAUUGGAAGCAGCAGAAGAGGCCUCUCGAAAAUAUAAGGAAGCUAAUUUGGUGUGA